AUGCCGCACAUGCGGCGAUUCAUGUCGAGCGAGCCCUACACGGUCCCGCCGAGCCGUAUGGCAGAGAUCGGCGCAGCAAUGGACUAUUACGUGCGCAAUAGCUCACCCGAAGUCGAGAAAGAAUGGCGAGUGAUCGAAUCGAAGCCCGGCCUGCAGACUUUUCAGCGGACCGAUCCAGCGGACCCGUAUGGGUUGCCUAUGCUUCGACAUAUCUGUACAAUCGAAAACACAACCACCGAAGCGGUCAGCUUGCUCGUGACACUACCAGACACACGGCAGCUUUGCUUUCCUCGCGAGCUCUACAGUCACGCGAUCACAAGGCACUCGGCCUACACCUUCUACCUGCGUCUAGCUGGCUUCGGCUGGCUCGUACAAGCCCGUGAUGUCUGCGGACUCACUUGCAUCUACAGGCAAUCCACCGAGAACGCGAUCACGAGGAUUGUGCAAUGCUCGGCCAAGCUGCCGGAAUGCCCACUCGAUCCAAACUACGUCCGAGCCACCGUCACUUCUGCUGUUUGGGAGCUCGAGCCUGUCAACGACGGCAAGGAUGUCACAAUCAGUUAUUUCUUCAAGAUCUCACUCAACGGCAGCAUGGCCAUCAGCCUGAGCAAGUAUGUCGUGCGAGAGCAGAUCACCAACAUGGGCAUGCUGCGCGACUUUGUCAGGGACAACGGUUGGGCGCCCUACGUCGUCCUGCUCGGCGAGACGAACGGGCCACAAUCACGAUUCGGCUAUCUCAGCUUCAGCAUGACGAAUCCACACCGAGAGCUCAUCUUCUCCAUCGAUCGCACCGUGCCAGACGAUGUCAUUCCCGUCAGAUACGACAAACGCAUGUAUCCGAACGGGGUCGAAUGCCUCUUGAGCGGUACGGCAGCGGCACAAGCCAGCAUAACAGACGAUCGCGCCGGCAGCAUUCACAUCACCCUCUCGCACUCUGCCCGCAAUCAGCAGCUCGAGGUCCUCGUACACGCCAAACCUCCGCCCACGCAAUCUUCACUGCACCGUCGUCGUCGUCGCGGGCCGCGUAUUGCCGCCUGCCGCGUUGGCAUUCGCGUCAUCGUCGUUAUCAAACUCGAGAUUGACGCAACGCCGACGCAAGCUCCGAACCGGGUCCUCAGCGGUCCUCAGCCUUGCGGAGACUCCGGCACAUCUCUCUUGCUGUCUGCAAAGCAGAACAGCAAUACGUCCGAGCGCCGGCUGCGACAACACGGCAGCUUGCCUCGUAGAGCUGUCCCGCAGCGGAGACUGCUCCCAAGGCCGAUAGUACCGACGUUCGGCCACAAAGAGCUAGAUAGCUACGGCUUGUACAAAUAUACCCUCAAAGACUAUGGCGUCAUGUUCACUGCAGGAGCGAUAUGUUGCACGGCUACGCACGGCGCCAUGACGCCCAUUGAUGUCAUCAAGACGACGGUGCAAGUUAAUCCCAAGUUCAAAGGAAUGGGAAUACUGUCCGGCGGACGAGCGCUCGUCUCUGCCGAGGGGCCGAGUGUCCUCAUGACCGGCUUCGGUCCAACAGCCGCUGGCUACCUGCUCCAAGGCGGUGCCAAAUUCGCAGGCUACGAGUUCUGGAAGAAACAGCUGGUCACAUACGCUGGUGGCUCAGAAGCAGCUAUACCUCAUCGGACGGCUAUAUACCUCGUCGGCGCAUCUAUUGCCGAGUUCUUUGCAGAUAUCCUGCUCACGCCUCUCGAGGCUGUUCGAAUUCGUCUCGUCUCCGAGCGCGGCUACGCCUCAAGCUUGUCUACCGGGUUCGUGCGUAUGGCGAAAGAAGGCGGCCUGAAGCAAUUCUAUGCUGGCUUCAUUCCGAUCCUGUGCAAGCAGAUUCCCUACGCAGUUGGCCAGUUCACAGUCAACGAGUGGGCGCACGAGACUGUCUACAAAGCAAUGUCGAAAGAGACACAGCAGAAUCUAUCGCCCGCUGCAAACGGCGUCAUCACCCUUGGCUGCGGAAUGACAGCUGGUGUGGCCGCAGCGGUGCUUUCCCAUCCUGCAGACACGCUUCUCUCGCAGAUCAACAAGGGCAAAGGUGGUUCGGGUAGCGCGACUUCACAGCUCAUCUCGAUGGCGAAAGAAGUCGGCUUCAGAGGUCUUUGGGCAGGUCUUGGACCGCGUACGGUGAUGACCGUCGGUCUCGUAUCGGGUCAAUUUAUUCUCUACAAGUAUAUCAAGGAAGCACUUCACGCUCCUCCUGGCGUCGAAAUUCACAAAGGGGAAUAG